AUGACCUUCAUCACUGAGAUGACCUUUGUAACUGAGAUGACCUUCAUCACUGAAAUGACCUUUGUCAUUGAGAUGACCUUCAUCACUGAGAAGACCUUCAUCAACGAUAUGACCUCAGUCACUGAGAUGACAGUCGUCAUUGAGAUGACCUUAGUCACUGAGAUGCCCUCAGUCACUGAGACGACCUUCGUCGCCGAGAUGACCUCAGUCACUGAGAUGACCUUCGUCAUUAAGAUUACCUUAGUCACUGAGAUGACCUUCGUCACCGAGAUGACCUUCGUCACUGAGAUGAUCUUAGUCACUGAGAUGACCUUCAUCACAGAGAUGACCUUCGUCAAUGAGAUGACCUUCGUCGCCAAGAUGACCUCAGUCACUGAGAUUACCUUCGUCACCGAGAUGACCUUCGUCAUUGAGAUGACCUCAGUCACUGAGACCACCUUCGUCGCCGAGAUAACCUUCGUCAUUGAGAUGACCUCAGUCACCGAGAUGACCUUCGUCAUUCAGACGACCUUCGUCGCCGAGAUGACCUCAGUCACUGUAAAGGAAUGUGUCAUUGAGAUGACCUCAGUCACCGAGAUGACCUUCGUCAUUCAGACGACCUUCGUCGCCGAGAUGACCUCAGUCACUGAGAUGACCUUUGUCAUUGAGAUGACCUUCAUCACUGAGAAGACCUUCAUCAACGAUAUGACCUCAGUCACUGAGAUGACAUUCGUCAUUGAGAUGACCUUAGUCACUGAGAUGCCCUCAGUCACCGAGAUGACCUUCGUCAUUGAGACGACCUUCGUCGCCGAGAUGACCUCAGUCACUGAGAUGACCUUCGUCAUUGAGAUGACCUUAGUCACUGAGAUGACCUUCGUCACCGAGAUGAUCUUAGUCACUGAGAUGACCUUCAUCACAGAGAUGACCUUCGUCAAUGAGAUGACUUUCGUCGCCAAGAUGACCUCAGUCACUGAGAUUACCUUCGUCACCGAGAUGACCUUCGUCAUUGAGAUGACCUCAGUCACCGAGAUGACCUUCGUCAUUGAGAUGACCUCAGUCACUGAGACGACCUUCGUCGCCGUGAUUACCUCAGUCACUGAGAUGACCUUCGUCAUCGAGAUGACCUUCGUCAUUGAGAUGACCUCAGUCACCGAGAUGACCUUCGUCAUUGAGACGACCUUCGUCGCCGAGAUGACCACAGUCACUGAGAUGACCUUCGUCAUUGAGAUGACCUUAGUCACUAAGAUGACCUUUGAUCAUCGCCCCGUACACGUAGUCUAAUUAUCGUAUUUGUUAGACAGAUAGCAAGGCAACAACCAACGACUAGCUACUACAAGAUACCUAUGUUGUAAUUAGGCUAACGUAGUCGUAAUUAUGAGAUAUCUAUGUCGUUAUUACGUCACAGUAUGUCGUAACGGCGACAAUCGGAUUCAAACCAUAUCUUGAUCUACGCUCCGUUCCGUAAACUACACUCUGCUACGUCAAGAUAUGGUUUUAAUCAGAUUGUAACGACGAUAUAAAAAUAUUACUUCACAUGACACUUACCGCCUUCCAUGGUAAUGUUAAUCCCCGGAUAGUGUUUCUGUAAAUUAUAUAGAGCGCUCUAUCAUUGUUAUACAAUGUAUAUGAUUACAUUAUUUAUCUUGACUGUGCUGAAAUAUGAGACUCUCUACUAUCAUGAUUUUAUUGUAAAAACAAACAAAAUUAACAAAAUUAUCAAAAUAUUUCUAUUUAUUUCAUGAAGAUUAACGAAAAAAACAACUGUAGGUUUUUAACUUAGAAGAAGUGAAAAACAAACAAAAAAACAAAAACAAAAAACCCCAGUAAAAAACGAAAAAUGGGACAAAAAAAAGGAAACUAUCAAAAUAUAAACAGUCAUGACGACCAAAAGUACGACAUUGGUUAAACCAUGCAUAAUUUUCAACAUAACCACGCAUCAUUUCUCAUAAACACUAACUAAACAUAACCCUGUUCCUCACCUGUUAACCAUAUAAAUAAGCAACACUAUUUAAAAAACUGAACUGGAUCAGUUCCCUACCAAACUAAUUGUUUGUUAAUUGUUACAAGUAUAAGUGUACAAGGUCUCUACAAAGUCAAGGAGAUAAGGUGAUGACGUACAUCGGUGAUGACGUACAUCGGUGAUGACGUGCCUCGAGGAAGGGCACAAAGUUAUAAACACGGUGUUGAGUCCAUUCAGCGUUUUGGAUGUAAGUUCGCCCCGAGAGGACGACAUUUGUAACUUUAAUUGUCGUUGUGUCGUCUGUUCGGGGCGAAUCAGCGAAAUGGCACAUAUCAGCCAAUGUAGUAUGCAAAUGACUUAUUUUACUGCAUUGUAUGGUUACAGUCUGUAUAGUGUGGAAGUCACCGGAUAAAUAUUUAAUUUAGGUAAUGCACGUGUUUUAGGUGUGAAAAGCUUUUUAGAAAGGAAUGUCCUGCAGGACAUCUCACUGUAAAGGAAUGUCCUACAUGACAGCUCACUGUAAAGGAAUGUCCUACAGGACAGCUCACUGUAAAGGAAUGUUAUACAGGACAGCUCACUGUAAAGGAAUGUACUACAGGACAGCUCACUGUAAAGGAAUGUGCUACAGGACAGCUCACUGUAAAGGAAUGUCGUACAGGACAGCUCACUGUAAAGGAAUGUCCU